UUUCCAUCAAUGGCUUUACUACCGGUGCUGCUGUUUCUGGUUACUACACUGCUUCCAUCUUUACCCACUGAAGGAAAGGAUCCAGCUUUUACUGCUUUGUUAACCACCCAAACACAAGUGCAAAGGGAGAUCGUAGACAAACACAAUGAACUGAGGAGAGCAGUCUUUCCACCUGCCAGCAACAUGCUCAAGAUGGAAUGGAACAGAGAAGCAUCAGCAAAUGCUCAAAAGUGGGCAAAUAAGUGCACUUUAGAACACAGUAAUCCAGAGGACAGAAAAACCAGUACAAAAUGUGGUGAGAAUCUCUAUAUGUCAAGUGACCCUACUUCUUGGUCAAAUGCAAUCCAAAGUUGGUAUGAUGAGAGCCUAGAUUUUGAGUACGGUGUAGGACAAAAACAUCCCGAUAAAGUUAUUGGACAUUAUACUCAGCUUGUUUGGUACUCAUCUUACCUCGUUGGAUGUGGAAUUGCCUACUGUCCCAAUCAGGAUUUUCUGAAAUACUACUAUGUUUGCCAAUAUUGUCCUGCCGGUAAUAAUGUCGUUAAAAAGAAUACCCCUUACCAACAAGGAGCACCUUGUGCCAGUUGUCCUGAUAACUGUGAAAAAGGACUAUGCACCAAUAGUUGCGAGUAUGAAGAUCUCCUUACUAACUGUGAUUCCUUGAAGAAUACAGCUGGCUGUGAACACGAAUUGCUCAAGGAAAAGUGCAAGGCUUCUUGCCUAUGUGAAAACAAAAUUUACUAACAUGCCUGGUGUGCAUUGUGAAGGACUACGUAGAGAAGGGCUGCGUCAUUUAAUUGAUACAUACCAGGGGAAAAUUGUAGGCAUGUUAGUUACAAAUUUAAUUCCAGACAACAAUGUAUCUUUUUCUCCUGGAUCUUUAGAGAAAUCUCUUUCAUACAGUGAUUUACAAAAGUAGCACAGUCUUUGAUGACAACUUUGAACUUUGACCUAAACUUAGUACUUUAAAUUUAAUGAACUGAAACAAGUCAAGGAUCUUGCAAACUGCAUAACCAUAUGAUUUAGGUCACUAGAACUUUGCAUCAAAAUGGCAAAUUAUCUGUUUCCUGAAACAACAUGCUAAAGAAGAAAAGACUGUAACUUCAUUGUCAUUCCAACUAUGUGAUUUUUUCCUGUAUGAAGAAUAAAUUCAAAGCUUGACAACU